CGGUGGGCGAUUUUAAGGCAAUGCUGUUAGUGUGACGUAUAAUCUAGUGGACGGAACGCAAUGCUGUUAGUGUGACGUAUAAUCUAGUGGACGGAACGCUUCUUUCAGCAGCAGCAACAGUUAGUCCGCCACCUCGGUAGCUUGCUAGCCAAAAUAGCCGAACCCAUAAAGCUCUUUAGACGCUUUAGUGUAUAUUAGCCACUGUAUUUUAAACCCUUGUCUGUCGUCUAGUUAGUUAGUUAUCCUAUUUAAUUUCAUAUUUACGGUGCUGUUGUUAUUAUUCAGCUAGCGGACUGGUUAAGUUAGCAUUAGCCUAGCUAGCUAACAUCUCCGACCAUGAGUUCACUAAAUGACUCUCUUCCUGCUGAAGAAGAGACGGUCUGUUGGACGGAGAAAGAAGCUCUCAUCAAAGAGGAGGAGGAAGAGAAGGAUGUUACAAUACAAAAACAAGUAGAGGGUGAGGCUGUUACAGGGAAAGAAGAAGAGGAAGACGUUACAGUGAAAGAGGAGGAGGGUGUGACAGUAAAAGAUGAGGAGGAUUCAGUUUUUGAAGUGAAAGCGGAGGAUGGGGAGAUUACGGUCUCAUCGGAAGAAGAGGAGGAGGAAACUGGAUAUCUGGGCCCGAUUUCCCAAACGCAAUUUAAGGCAUCCAGUGGUUCUAAAGAUGAACUUAGCCAUAAGAUGGUUUUGAGAAACCGGGCCGUGAUUACCACUGGAGAGAGACGGGACUACCGUGGGUCCUCUGGGGAGCCUCAACAACCUCAUGAUGCUGACGAGGCAGAGAAGAGUCUCUCCAGAUCAGAACACAUCAAUAAACACCUGCAGAGAUCCACAGGGAAGAGAACUCACUGCUGCUCUGACUGUGGGAAGAGAUUCACCUCAUCAGACAUUAAAAUUCAUCAGAGAACACACACAGGAGAGAAACCUUUUAGCUGUGAUCAAUGUGGGAAGAGUUUUACUGCAUCUAGCAAUCUGACUAAACACCAGAGAACACACACAGGAGAGAAACCUUAUAGCUGUGAUCAAUGUGGGAAGAGUUUUGGUCAAUCUGGAGAGCUGACAGUGCACCAGAGAAGACACACAGGAGAGAAAUCUUUUAGCUGUGGUCAAUGUGGGAAGAGUUUUACUAAGUCUGGCCAUCUGACUCUGCACCAGAGAAUACACACAGGAGAGAAACCUUAUAGCUGUGAUCAAUGUGGGAAGAGUUUUGGUCAAUCUGGAGCGCUGACAGUGCACCAGAGAACACACACAGGAGAGAAACCUUACAGCUGUGGUCGAUGUGGGAAGAGUUUUACUACAUCUGGCCAUCUGACAAAACACCAGAGAAUACACACAGGAGAGAAACCUUAUAGCUGUGGUCAAUGUGGGAAGAGUUUUACUACAUCUGGCCAUCUGACUCUACACCAGAGAAUACACACAGGAGAGAAACCUUAUAGCUGUGGUCAAUGUGGGAAGAGUUUUGGUCGAUCUGGCCAUCUGACUCUACACCAGAGAAUACACUCAGGAGAGAAAUCUUAUAGCUGUGAUCAAUGUGGCAAGGGUUUUGGUCGAUCUGGAGAACUAACAGUGCACCAGAGAACACACACAGGAGAGAAACCUUAUAUCUGUGGUCAAUGUGGGAAGAGUUUUACUACAUCUGGCCAUCUGUCUUUACACCAGAGAACACACACAGGAGAGAAACCUUAUAGCUGUGUUCAAUGUGGGAAGAGUUUUAGUCAAUCUGGACAGCUGACUCAACACCAGAGAAUACAUACAGGAGAGAAACCUUAUAGCUGUGAUCAAUGUGGGAUGAGUUUUACUACAUCUGGUUCUCUGUCUCUACAUAAGAGAACGCACACAGGAGAGAAACCUUAUAGCUGUGAUCAGUGUGACAAGAGAUACUCUGAUAAAAGAUCUCUGAUCAAACAUCAGACAAUACAUACAUGAAGGAGUUAUUUCGUGAUAUCAAUGAAUUAAUGUCACAAUGUAGAAUGUUUUAACAUUGUAGUAGGAGUAUUUUAAGGAAUUUCACAAUGUUGAACCCUAAACCUUUGCCCCAUUCAAUUGAUUUCAGCGUGAUAUGGAUAUUAUACUUGGGAAAAAUACAGGCUCUGAAUUGAAAGAGUACUA